AUGGAAGAAUGGCCUGAAUGGAUUCUCGAGAUUAUGAUUUCAAACUAUGAGUUGGGUUCAAGCAAACCAUCUGACGUGACAAGCCUAGGAGACAUAGAGGACCUUUUACAUAACUUCCUUAUCAAGGUUCUAGAGCAUUCAAUGCGUCAAAAGGAAGGAUGGAAGGAUAUUGAAGCAACAAUUCAUUAUGCAGACUGGCUCUCGAUUAUUGGUGGAUCUAGCAUAGGAGAAGCUGGCCACCAUGUCAUCAUCAAUCGGAACUGGAUGGGAUAA